UUUUUGGGAGGCCAAGUUGUGUAGCUUCGCAUUGGUGUUUGGCACACGUCUACCUAUGGUUACGGUAAUUUGUUUGUACCCCUGUUAGCAGUAAAUUUCAUUUGUCGCACGUUAAAUAUUAUACCAAAAUGGCCAGAGUUCUUGUUGGAGUGAAGAGAGUGAUCGACUAUGCUGUUAAGAUACGUGUCAAACCAGAUAAAACUGGAGUUGUAACCGAAGGUGUAAAACAUUCCAUGAAUCCUUUCGAUGAAAUUGCUGUGGAAGAAGCUAUAAGGUUGAAAGAAAAGAAGAUAGCACAGGAAGUUAUUGCUGUUACAUGUGGACCAGCUCAGAGUCUUGAAACCCUAAGAACAGCACUUGCUUUGGGAGCUGAUAGAGGAAUACAUGUUGAAAUAUCAGGCAAACAGUAUGAGGAAGCCGGCCCUUUGCAGAUUUCAAAAAUUCUUGCCAAAUUAGCAGAGAAAGAAAAUGUCAAUUUGAUCAUCUUGGGUAAACAAGCGAUUGAUGGCGAUAAUAAUCAAACAGGUCAAAUGACAGCAGCUCAUCUUAAUUGGCCCCAGGGAACAUUUGCUUCUGAAAUUACGCUUGAGGGUGAGACAUUAAAAGUGUUGAGAGAAAUUGAUGGGGGAUUGGAAACAAUUGAGAUCAAAAUGCCUGCUGUCGUGACUGCCGACCUUCGUCUAAAUGAACCAAGAUACGCAACUUUACCUAAUAUUAUGAAAGCAAAGAAAAAGAAGGUGGACAAGGUUAAAGCAGAAGACUUAGGCGUUGAUCUCACUUCCAAAGUUCAAGUUUUAGAAGUUUCAGAUCCACCAGAGAGGAAAGCCGGAGUAAUAGUAGAAAAUGUUGAAGAACUUGUUGCAAAAUUAAAACAAGAUGGAAGAAUAUAAUUUGAUUAAAUACCAUAACUCGAGCCUUCUAAUUAUUUCUGACUGUUAUAUUAUAAUUUACUCUUCUACUGUGUUGUGAUUUCUGAAUUUCAAUGUGCAAAUCUUUUUGUUACAUAAGAAAUAAAAUUAUCCUGCGCAAAUA